GUUUCGCUCCUCAUGAAACUUGACUCAACAGGCAGUUGCAGAAAGUGAGUUGAUGCCACAAGAGGCUCGACUGUCUCCGCUCAGGAUGAACGGAACGUUUUUUAAUCACACGGUGUUUACGCACGGCGUUCUGCUCAACCGCAGUCAAGAACUGAUGGGGACACUAGUUGAUUGCUGCACGGGGAACGGGAGCGAGGUGACCGCAAACGACGGCGGCGGGUCUUUAGUUCUCGCUCAGGACGAGCGCAAGCUGUUCGUUACGCGCGUGGUGCAGAUCGCGGUGCUGUGCGUUCUUUCGCUCACGGUGAUGUUCGGGAUCUUCUUUCUCGGUUGCAACCUCAUGAUCAAGUCCGAAAGUAUGAUCAACUUCUUGGUCAAGGACCGGAGACCAUCCAAAGACGUGGAGGCGGUGAUGAUCGGACUGAGCUAGCCGCGGUGUCACCAGUAACCGGGCUGCGGGACCGAGUGACACCCAGUUGUCCUCAGACUGGGAGCCACGGAGAUAUGCAACUUACAUUUUCACUCCCUUCGUGUUCUGAAAAGAAAAGGCGGUGUGGAUGGACUGAAGCAAAGAUGACAGAUAGGCCUAUACAGCUGCACGUUUACGAAAUGAGAAUGUAUUUAUUCAUGUUUACGUAGCUUUUUGUAUUUGAGGUCAUUUUUGCUUGUGAUUUUUUUAC